GAUGUUGGUCAUGAGGUAAAAUUAUGGAAGUUUGUUUAAGGUGGAACAGCAGUAGAUAAAAUUGAUUCCAACUUAAAAAAAAAAAGUUACAUUUUUACCAUUAAAAAUCAUUGAAAUCUAAAUAAGCCGUAUAAUAAAAAAUAAUAAAAAUUUUUUUUACCAUAUGGAGUAUUUUAUCAGGUUGAUGUCUAAACAAGCGUACAGUUCUACCUUAAAAUAUGACCACGCUCUUCCCACUGAUACUACCCAUGUGUUGCUCAGUAGUAUACUUACAACCAUAGACUGUAUAGAACAGCCUUCAACCGAGAUUGUGUUUGGCGUAAAAUAAGUAUCAAGAGCUUGAAUCAAUGAAUUUUAACGACGCGAAGAAUGAAAUUCUACAGGUGUUGUCAAAGACGGAGAGACAACAUCUUCCAAAGCUGCUAGAAUGGUUGAAAACGUCAGAUGAUCUGGAUGAUUUCCUGGUGGAUAACCAAAGUGUUAUUCUUCAAAGUAUUGCAGAGGACCUAAGGGCUUGCCUUCCACUUGAGGCUAUGGCUCCCUCAGAGACUAUGGCUAUUCAGAAGACUCAACAGAAACAUCAUCCCACUGUGCAUGUAGAUGCAUUCUUGUAUGAUGAGGAAACUGUGGAUUCAUUGUGUGAGGAGGGAAAAAUAAGUCGCAACUACUGCCUCAACUGUGGAUCGCACAGAACAGCACCAUUGGAGUUCAUCUCACAUUCAUUCUCAAUCCCGGAGCUCCAGUUCCUAUUCCACAAUGUUCUUCCAGACCUCACUGGAAAACUGGUGGUGGAUGUGGGAUCUAGACUAGGAGCUGUGCUGUUUGGGGGCUACCUUUACAGCGCGGCAUCUCAGCUUGUCGGGGUUGAAAUAAGUUCCGAGUUUGUCAAGCUUCAAACAAUGGCUGUAGAGAAAUAUGGCUUCAGUGACAGAAUUCAGGUGAUUCAUGCAGAUAUCUGCUCUCAGGCGGCCUUAGUUCAAAAUACAGAUGUUCUGAUCAUGAACAACGUUUUUGAAUUCUUCAUGGAACCAAGUGAUCAAAUGCAAGCUUGGCUAUUCAUUAAUCAAAAUUUCCGAAAGAAAGGUGCUCUGCUGGUAACUGUACCCAGCAUUCAAGAAGCCCUAACUUUACUUCAGGAUGCUGUUUUCCUAGAGACAUUAGCACUCAGCCAAUGGAUAGAGGAAGUACAAAUUGAUUACACAGUUUAUCAAAAAAAUGACACAGAUCCAGAUUCUCUCAAGCAAAUCCAUCUUUAUAGAGUACUUUGACCCUUAGAAGAGAAAGCUCUGGACUCUUCUGAUACAGUACAACAAUGAAUAUGAUUAGCCUCAGUGAGGUGCUUAACAGGACAAAUGAUAGAAAUAGAUGUAAUUUACCAUACAACAUCCUGAUUUAGGUUAACUUUUUUUUAUUUAAAGUUGAGUUGAAUUAUAGAGUUGUACUUAAAACUGUCUAUGUAUUGGAACUAGCAAUGCAUGUCAGAGAAUCUCUUUAUGUCAUGUUAUGUUUGCAUUGCUGCAUUUUAAAGCAUUUCUUCUUCUUUUUCAUCUUCUUAUUAUUAUGUUUUCCUGUAAGUGCCCUCUUCCUUGGUUUGGUUUUGGUUUUUCUUAUGCAUUUCUGUGUCCCACUCUUUCUGUUGAAACAGGAAGUUGGGGAUGUGUGCAUAUAUACACGUGUACAUUACUUUGAAUGUCUAUAUCUGUAAAAGUUCUUUUGUCAACUCUUAAAUGUAUACUAUCAUAUAGAUCAAAACUAACAGACACGGAUGAAAAGGCCAAGCUUCGAUUUUCAUUUCAUGGGGGUAUGAAGAAAUAAACUUAGUACCUUUUA